AUGAAUCAGAUGGAAGUGAUGUUGAAUUGGUUUGUGUGGACAUCGAGUCUUGGAUUCGCUUUGUAUUCAUUCAUAUCUGACUCGAAAUAUUUGAUUGAAUUAAUUGAUGCCAAAGACGUGACCAAAGGAUGGCUAUUGGAUGGACCACAAGACGUGUCCGACUAUGAGUGGAAUGCCAUCAGACAUACCUUCAGACAACACUUCAUUCAUAUCAUUAUUUAUUUAGUUUUAACACAACUUUUCAUUAAAUACAAGAUUAAAAUGGAAGUGAUGUUGAAUUGGUUUGUGUGGACAUCGAGUCUUGGAUUCGCUUUGUAUUCAUUCAUAUCUGACUCGAAAUAUUUGAUUGAAUUAAUUGAUGCCAAAGACGUGACUAAAGGAUGGCUAUUGGAUGGACCACAAGACGUUGACAAACAGAAGUGCAAUAUAAGUCAGGUGUUAGGUAAGCAAAGGUAUUUCAGAAGACUAGAGUUGAACGAAACGCAACUAUUUUUGUUUGAAGUCUGUAUGGCAUGGCUUAACGCCAAGUGCUUAAGCCUUUCCAUCGAUCGGAUUCGCAGUCAAAUCCACCGAACGUUUUAUUUCACUCAACUGAUCCAAUGUGUGGCGUAUUGUCUAUAUCUGCCCGCAUUCUUCACGGGACCCAUUCAUCAGUACAACACUUUCAUCAGUGAUAUGAAUACACUGGAGUGGAAGUGGACAUCAAAUCGUGUGAUGGAAGUAAUGAAACAAUUACUUCGAUUCACUUUCUGGUCGUUUGUCUUUGAAUUGAUGUUACAUUUGGUGUUUUCCCAAUCCAUCCAAUUCUACCCAGAAUUGACGCAAAUGUUGAGCGUUUGGUCGUUGUGUGGGUUAGGGUUCGCACUGCCGCUCAUGUUCUUCGUUAAGUACUUCAUAAUCUACGGCUCAGUGGCCACUAUAGCGGCCAUCGAUGGCUUCCGGAUGCCGGUGCCGCCCAAAUGUAUCAGUCGUAUCCACUCGUGUGUCUAUUUGUGGCGGACCUUCGAUCGCGGACUACACUUAUGGCUCACAAAUUAUUUUUAUAAACCAAUAAUCGGUACGCAAUGGAAUCCAAUGCGAAAAGUUUUCGCUGGUUUUGUGUGCUUUCUGUGCAUCUGUUUAUGGCAUGGCAUGGAUCGGGCGGUCGUCGUCUGGACGUCCCUUAACUUCUUCGGAGUUUCGGCCGAAAUAAUCGCCAAAUCUAUUCACUCAUCCAAUCAUUGGAGUUUUGUUACAAGCAAUUUGUCCUCGGAGGGAAACACACGACUCAAUGCACUGAUCGCCUGUCCCUUCUUCGCCAUAGCCUAUGCCUCAAACAUAUUCUUUCUGUCCAAUUGGGACGUCGGCUACUAUUUUGUCAAAACACUACUCCUCUCAUUCCCCACACCAUUACUGCCAACCCUUUUGGUCAUGUAUUUCGGGUGUCAUGUGUCCAUACAUUGCAUGCGAUCCGAGACCACCACUUGA